AGUCCGUAAAGUGUCAUCUUUAAAGUAGCCCAAUAGCCGCGUAAAAGGAGCCAACUAAUUUUGAGAUUUUGGCCAUUAUUCCGAUUUACACCAAGCAACCUUAUAUAUAUAUGGGUUCACCUGCCUCUUUCUUUACUGGGAAAUUAUUUCAUAACUUACCUCUCUUUUCCUAGCCCGAAUAAUGUCGGAUUCGACUAUCUUUCCUUUUAACUUAACUGCUCAAUUAUCCAUCAUUGGUCAGUCAGCGGAAAGCAACGUAUCCAGUUCGAGCUCCAACUCAAGUGUAUCCGAAUCUUCUGCGGAAUCCCAUUUAUCUCAGUCAGCGGACAGCAACGUAUCCAGUUCGAGCUCCAACUCAAGUGUAUCCGAAUCUUCUGCGGAAUCCCGUUUAUCUAUAGCUUCCAAUUCAUAUUUCGGAUCUAAUACAUCCGUGGAAUCUCAUUCAUCUGUUAAUUCUAAUUCGUCCUUGGAUAACCAAUCACCAGAGGAGUCUUAUUUAUCUGUGGAAUCAGACUCAUCUCCAACACCCAAUACCAGCGAAACUUUUUCGGCCGGAGAAGCUUCAAACCAACUGCAGUCACCGCAAAGCAAUAGCUUCUUGAAUAUGAGCCACAAUGAAACCCACUCUGCGGCUAACUUGUCUCUCUCGAAUGACGAUGCUCACUCGCAGAUCAGAUCACUUACCCAGGAUGUGGCCCAGAUGGAAGCAGAAUUGGAUAGCAUAAAUCGCUACUGCGAAGAAGUUGUAGCACAGAUUGACACCUUACCCACGAGUACCUCAACGCCAACAGUAGUGCGUGGAAAUCGCCGCAGAAGUGCCAUGAAUCCAAUAGAAAUAAUAGAUCUGUCCCAUUUGGAGUUUGUACCACAGGUUCGAUCUGCUCGGAAUCGUGCGCCCGAUGCUGUCAUAGAUCUGUGCACUCCCGACGGGCCAAGAAGUCGCCCAGUCAAUCUUCCCUCCAACGACUCCUUCACCAUUCCCAAUCGUCGGCGCGUCUUGGCUCAGUCAACCGAAAAUUCCCCGGUAGUGGAUCUCGACGAUGUGUCGCCACCAAAACGCGUUUAUCGCGAUAUAGAUCUGUCCCAUAAAGAGGACUCAUACAAGUGCCCCGUCUGCAUGGACAGCGUAACGAAGCGCGAGCCAGUGUCAACCAAAUGUGGACACGUCUUCUGCCGGGAAUGUAUCCAAACAGCCAUCAGCGCUACGCACAAAUGUCCAAUGUGCAACAAGAAGCUAACUGCACGUCAAUUCUUUCGCAUUUACUUGUGAGUUCUUUAUACUAUUUUUUAUUAUAUUUGCUCUGUGAGCCAUACCUUCUUAUAAAUUAUAUUAUAGUUUUAUUAUAUUAUAGGCUUAACAAUGUAAAAGGCGGCAAAUAAUGUCCGUUCUUCAUUCAUUCAAUGAAUUCAAAAACAAUUUUUUAUUUAAGUUUUCUUAUGUAAUCAGUUAUCCCCAAAAAUAUUCCUAAUACACGUAUGCGAAGUAAAAA